UGCUGUGAAUUGACUUUCAAUCAGACAUCACACACUCACAUCAAAGCAAAAGUUAAAACAGUUAUAGUAAAUUUUCAAAGAACACUCCAAAUUUCGGCAAAUUUUCAACAUCACAACUAGGCGACAUUUAACACUAUAUUAUCGCAAGCAGGAGAGUUUUGCAAAUUCCAUUCAGAGAAUAGGACAAAAUGCCGUUCAAGAAGCCAUUGAAUAAUCAAAAACCGCUGGUCGGUCCGCUCAACUAUCAAGAGCUGCAAGAACUAGACGCGAUGUAUCCGAUCAAAAUGGAUAUACCACCAAAUCUUAAAAUUAAUAUCGAUUUGUGCGACGUGGAGCUGCAGUUGCAAGCGGAAAUGGGUGAGCUACAGCGCAUUUUUGACCAUUUGGCACCACCUCCAACUGCUGGACGAGAUUUAGUGGCCAAGGCCACCAACAAUCGCGGCGAACGCAACAGAUCCAAUCCGAUAUUCUUCGACUUCGAUGAGACACCUCUGCCACUGGCCCAUGCUUCGAGGGGCCAGCGCAAGAGGACCCGAACACGCAAUCCAAUCCUAAAUCCGUAUGACAGUGAACCGGAAGUCGAGGAAAACCCUCAAGUUGCCGUGAAAGUUGUGGAGGAACCUGCUCUGGCUGUCCCGAAUCAGCAAAUGGAUGCGAAAAAUAAUCUCCUGGCUGUUAAGUUCUGCAACCUAAUGCUCGCCAGGCUCUGGCGUCGUCGAAAGGCCGAGGUUUACGAUCUUCACGCUCUCGUUCGCAAAUAUCAGGAUCAUGCCGCUCGCACCCAAACCGAGCUUUUUACCCGAAAUCGAAUGAUCCUAAUGGAGCAGCGACGCGGUGAUCACGCGCAACUUAGGCGCACCUUCAGUCGGCUUCAAGAAGCCAUGGACAGUUGCGCCAAUAUGGACAGUGAACUGAAGGAGUUGCGCCUGCGCGAAGCCGCUUUACACAGCGACCUGGCUGCCAAAACGCAGGAAUGCGAGUACUUCGCCGAAAUGCUGGACACUUGCCGCUCCGAAAUGUUCCGGGAGUUGACCAUUCAUCGAGAGGGAGCCAGCGAAUUGGCCAAGCAACAGAGGCGAGCCCUCGAUUUGGAGCGUCAAAAUGCCCAGUUGGAGGACGAUUUGCUCACGAUCAAGGAUCAGUUUCUGUCGCAAAAUGAUGAAAUGUCGGUGGUCCUUGGCGAAAAACAGCAGCAACUGGACACAGCGUACGAAAUGCUCAAAAGCUACGAAGAGGAAUUGGCUGGACUCGAAUUAAAAUACAAAGAACAGCUGCGUCAAAAAGCGAUCGACGUGGAAUUGCAAAACGAGAUAAUGAUUCUGAAGAGAAAUUUAGGCGUGGCACGCUACUUGAUCUUCUACCUGACAGCCCGGGAGUGGGGAACUUUCCAUGGUUGCGUAUACCACCUGGUGGCCGGAACAUUGGACUGUCUAUCGCCCGCUUUUUGCGCACCGCCGAUGGCUAACAAUAUGCUCCGAGUGGCGGUGGCUGCCGUCUUCCUGCUUUUCACCAUGUACUAAUUCAUUUUGAGGACACAAAAGGGAUUCUAAUAAGGAUUUGAGGUUGCA